AUGCUAUGCCCAAAUACAUACGGUAAAACAUGGAAAAUACUUAGUGGUAUAGUCAUCGCUGUUGGUUAUUUAUCAAUGAUCUUCUUCCUUUUAUUGAUUGGCUUAUUUAAAUAUUCAAACACACUUCCAAGAUGGUCAAUCGGCCUAGUGUCAGUUAUAAUGCAUCUAAUCGUUCCACUCAUCUUCUUACCAACAGCUUCUAUCGCAGGAUCCGCUUUAGAAUUUUUAUUAAACUUGACUUACGACAAAACCAUCACAACAUCAUUAUUCGUAUUAGCAUUACUAUUGUGGAUUGUUCUUAUAGGAUUUUUUUACAUAAUUACGCUAUUUUCCGCCCAUACAGUUUUUUAUCAUGAUUCAGUAGCCACAUACUUUGAUGGCAGAUCAAUCUUCUAUUCCUACAUAUUUAAUUCGAUUAUCUUAUUUGUUGCUUGGAUUUCGAAAGAUUUAAACAAAGAUUUUCCAUAUUUUGUAGGAGCUAUUCAAAUAGUGCUUAACGUGUUCCUUAUGUAUCAUGUAUUUCAAUUCCCAUUUACUUACAUCUUUUUAAAUGCAGAAUUCGGAGCCACAUUAAUCGGAUCUACAUUUGCUGUGAUUGGCUACUUCAUUUCCAAAUCAUACGUUCCAUUACGUUAUAUACUAGCUGUUUCUACAUGGUUUAUUGCAGAUGGAGUCAUCUAUUUCAUAAUGAAAUUUUAUGUCAAGAAAUUACUUCUCAGAACAGAGUUUACCAACAACAAAUCAGCCAUUAUACAGUUCAGAUUAGCAGUUGCCACCUUUGACAACAGUUUCUUGACAGGAAAAGUCAUUGAUAUGUUAACACAAGGUACAAAUGACUACACAGUUCGUUUGGAGAUCGCCAAAUUCAUUUGUUUCUUCCAAGAAUUCCAACCGCAGUUCACUGCCCAGCUUGCGAUGUUGAGAAACUCGAAUGGUCUAUCAUUAGGAGAGAGUUUCCUGUUUUAUCAGCUUAGAAUCGUCGAAACAGGUCGUCAGCCUCUUUGUGCCGUUGACGAACUCAUUCCUUUACGCGACGAAACAAAAAGAAUUGAGAUGAAAAUAAGAGCCGCAUGGAAAUACAUCCAGAACAACAGCGAAUUCUUUGCUCCAGCCAUUAUGGAGCCAAUCACCCGAGAAGUAACUGCUUGCGACCAUCAAUGGCAAGAUGCACUUAAUAAAUAUCCAAGAAACGCCUUGUUAGCAGAAGAAUAUGCACAUUUCUUGGUCGAAUGCAAAUGUGAUUUCGACCAAGCCGCUCAAUGGCAUUACCAGGCCUUGCAACUCCAAGAUGGCAAAAUAUUCAAAUAUGAUGCAGCUUGUUUGAACUUUUUGCACAUAUAUCCUGAAUACGCCGUCAAGAUUAUCAACAAAACAGUCAUUUCCACCAUGGAUGACCUCGAUGUUAAAGCAAAAGAAGAUUCAUUAGGUCAAUUAGUCGAACAUCCUCGCUUACGACUCGAAUUCCAACGCGCAAUAUCCGGCCACAUAACCUUUGCACUUCCUGUUCUUGCCUGCAUGUCAAUGCUUAAGUGUUUGGCCUUUUUAGCGUUUUGGAUUUAUUUAAUUUCGACAUUUAUUGGUACAUUCAAUCAAUCUGUUGAUAGAAUGACAUUAAUUAAGAAUUCAACAGACAUAGGUGAGAGCACAGCACUUUCCAUGAUUAGUUUUGCAUUGUAUUUCGCAAAUCACAGUGACAUUCUUCCGACAAUUGCAGAAAUGGCUGCUGUUAUAGGCCAAGACAGGGUCAAUGAGACAGGAUAUGUCAUUAAUCCAUUCUAUUCAUAUCUUUUGAAUGCGCACGAGUUCAUAGAGAAUGGAACGAAUUCUUUAGUUGAUGUCUACAAUGGAAUGAUUGAAGCAAUUAUUGAUGGUGAUAAAAUCAUGAAUUCUGUGAAUACUUUGUUCAAAACAAACUAUACAAUUGUUUACGCGAAUUCAUUAUUUAUGAAUGUUAAUGGUGGAAAUGAAUCACUGGCUUUCAUUUUCUCUAAUUAUUUCAUGACUGCACACGCUUUAGCCACCAAAGGUGAUUUUGACAUGUUCGAUACAACCGCUUUUGACAUGUUUAAUUUAGCGAGUUUAAUUGUGGAUAAUAUCAAUAAAUUCGCGGAAACAUUUGUCGAAGAAAAAGGUUAUGAACCUGGCCAGUUCAAGACAUCAACAUUUAUUGUAAUAGCUAUUGUUUAUGCAGCUGUUUUCAUUACUUCUGAUUUAGUAUUGAUUUUUGUUUUGAAUUUCAGAAUGAUGAAAACUUUGUUUGCUUGUAAGAAAUUUUCUGAAGAGACAUUCAAUGAAAUUUCUUCGAAUAUAUUUAUUGCACAGAUUUCUACUGAUGCACCAAAUAUGUCUGCAUCUAUUUCGAAGACAGAAAAGAAUAAUACAAAAGGAAUUUUGUUGCUUAUUGUUGAAACAAUUUUGACUUUGUUGAUGUUAUUAGGAAUUGUCAUUUUUAUUUUGGCAAUGAGAAGAACAUCAAAAGAUUUUAUCAGUAUGUCUGAAACUUUGUUAUAUGCUGCUGUUAGGAAAUCAAAAGCAAUUGAAUCUACUUAUUCAUUGAUUAUUGCUAAUUCUUUAAUAAGAGUUGCUGAUGAUUCAGGAUCUCUUGGAGAAGAAUUCAAGUGA